UUCAUGGGGGACAUAUACGACAAGCAAUAAAUUCCAAAACUCAGAACACAAGCACUGAGAGAGAGAGAGAGAGAGUUGGUGGCGGUGAUGGCGAAAAUUGAGAAGACGAGGCUGGAUUCUGGAUGGCUGGCGGCGAGAUCCACAGAGAUAGACCUCACCGGAGUUCAGCUAACCACCACCCACCCGCCCUCUGGCCCCUCAUCGCCAUGGAUGGAGGCCGCUGUUCCAGGAACUGUUUUAGGAACUUUGGUAAAAAACAAGCUGGUUCCAGAUCCUUUUUAUGGGUUAAAUAAUGAAGCCAUACUAGAUAUUGCUGAUUCUGGAAGAGAGUACUACACAUUUUGGUUUUUCACAACUUUUGAGUGCAAAUUGUCUGGAAAUCAGCAUGUGAAUCUUAACUUCCGUGCAAUAAAUUACUCAGCAGAGCUGUAUUUAAAUGGACAUAAAGAAAUCUUGCCUAAGGGAAUGUUCAGAAGACAUUCUCUUGACAUCACUGAUAUUCUCCAUCUUGAUGGAAAGAAUUUGCUUGCUGUCCUCGUUCAUCCUCCUGAUCAUCCUGGUACCAUUCCUCAUGAGGGAGGACAAGGUGGUGACCAUGAGAUUGGAAAAGAUGUUGCUGCUCAAUAUGUUGAAGGUUGGGACUGGAUGGCCCCUAUAAGGGACAGGAACACUGGUAUCUGGGAUGAAGUUUCAAUUUCUGUUACUGGACCAGUUAAAAUAAGUGAUCCACACUUAGUCUCGUCAUUUUUCGAUGACUACAGAAGAGUGUACCUGCAUUCUACUGUUGAGUUGGAAAACAAAAGUUCAUGGACCGCAGAGUGCACAUUGACACUCCAAGUGACAACUGAGCUAGAGAAAGAUGUCUUAUUGGUUGAAAAUGUCCAAACUGAGGAGCUUUCAAUUCCUCCUGGUACAACUAAACAGCAUACACUUUUGCCGGCCUUCUUUUACAAACCAAAUUUAUGGUGGCCAAAUGGAAUGGGCAAGCAGUCCCUAUACAAUGUUGUUAUAACAGUUGAUGUUAAGGGCUUUGGAGAGUCUGAUUCCUGGAGUCAUCAUUUUGGAUUUCGCAAGAUUGAGAGCGUAAUAGACAAUGCCACUGGUGGGAGACUGUUCAAGGUAAAUGGGCAGCCCAUUUUUAUACGUGGUGGCAACUGGAUUUUGUCAGAUGGGCUAUUGCGACUUUCAAAGGAACGAUAUAUGGCAGACAUCAAGUUUCAUGCUGAUAUGAACUUUAACAUGAUGCGCUGUUGGGGUGGUGGCUUAGCGGAGAGGCCAGAAUUCUAUCACUACUGCGACAUCUAUGGCCUGUUGGUGUGGCAAGAGUUUUGGAUUACAGGAGACUGUGAUGGCCGAGGUAUACCAGUUUCAAAUCCUAAUGGGCCUUUGGAUCAUGAUCUCUUCUUGCUCUGCGCAAGAGACACUGUUAAGCUUCUUCGGAACCAUGCAAGUCUUGCCCUUUGGGUGGGUGGCAAUGAGCAAGUCCCACCCAAGGACAUUAACACUGCUCUAAAGAAUGACUUACAGCUCCAUCCUCUUUUCAGGACUGAAAUACCCGAGUCAGAAGAAGAUUUACUCUUGAAAUCAGAUCAAGACCCGAGUCAAUAUCUUGAUGGGACUCGUGUGUAUGUCCAGGGGUCUAUGUGGGAUGGAUUUGCUAAUGGAAAAGGUGACUUUACCGAUGGUCCAUAUGAAAUCCAAAAUCCCGAAGAUUUCUUCAAAGAUGAUUACUACAAAUAUGGAUUCAACCCUGAGGUUGGAUCUGUAGGGAUGCCUGUUGCGGCAACCAUUCAUGCUACCAUGCCACCUGAAGGAUGGGCUAUACCACUGUUCAAGAAACUUGCUAGUGGAUUCAUAGAAGAGGUUCCUAACCCAAUUUGGGAUUAUCAUAAAUACAUACCUUACUCGAAGCCAGGGAAGGUCCAUGAUCAAAUAGAAAUGUAUGGACACCCAAAGAAUCUUGAUGACUUUUGCGAGAAGGCUCAACUUGUUAAUUAUUUCCAAUACAGAGCUCUCCUGGAGGGUUGGACCUCUCGGAUGUGGACUAAAUAUACAGGUGUAUUAAUCUGGAAGACGCAGAACCCAUGGACUGGCCUUCGAGGUCAAUUUUAUGAUCACCUUCAUGACCAAACUGCCGGUUUCUAUGGUUGUCGCAGUGCUGCAGAACCUGUUCAUGUCCAGCUCAAUCUGAUCUCGUACUUUGUUGAGGUUGUAAACACUACAUCAGACGAGCUCACAGAUGUAGCAGUAGAAAUGUCGGUGUGGGAUCUGGAUGGAUCAUGUCCAUACUACAAGGUUACCGACAAAAUCUCGGUACCCCAGAAGAAAGUACUUCCGAUCAUUGAAAUGAAAUAUCCAAAAUCCAAGGAUGCAAAGCCAGUCUAUUUUCUUCUCCUUAAGCUUUUCAAAUUGUCGGACAAUACUGUUCUGUCCAGGAACUUCUACUGGCUGUAUCUAUCUGGCAAUGAUUACCAGCUGCUGGAGCCAUAUAGAAAGAAGAAGAUUCCACUCAAGAUUACUUCUCAAGCUCUCGUAUCAGGUUCUUCCUACAAGAUAGAAAUGCAUGUUCAGAACACCUCGAAGAGCUCACAUUCCACUAAUAAUGGUUUCAAGAGAAUGGAGUCCGAGAAAUACAUUGUUGAUUAUGACAUAAAUUUAUCCAAUUCUAAUGAGAAAGCUAAUCCAGAAACUGAUCAAACCAGUGGGUUGAAUAAAAUUUGCAGAUGUCUAUUCUCCAGAUCAAGUAAUUCUCCAAAAGUGCUUUUGACGGAGGGAGCUGACUCCGGCGUUGCUUUCUUCCUUCAUUUUUCAGUUCACGCUGUGAAAAAAGCUGCAGAAAAUGAGGUUGACGAUAGAAUCUUGCCUGUGCAUUACUCUGAUAAUUAUUUCUCACUUGUACCAGGUGAAACAUUACCUAUCACCAUCUUUUUCAAGGCACCGGAGGGUGUCACACCGCGUGUUGUUCUCAAUGGAUGGAAUUACGAUGAGGAACAUUCGGUUUUAUGAGGCCUAAGAACAACAUUGUGCAUUUCUGAGAUGACAACAUAUGUAUGGCUUAUGAAUACUGGUUAUCUUCAUUGUGCGUAAUGUUGAAGAGAUUCUUCGGCUUAGAGUAUUGAGUUAUUCUUGUUUGUAUGAUGAAAAUGUUUUCUGUUUAUAUUUUCUUAUAUUUUUAAUAGCAUUGUAAAAGUCGGAUCAUAAUAAGGCUGGAAACUCGCCCAGGUUUCGCGUAUUAUCAAUAAUUUAUAUUGUUUAAUUGUCAA